AGAAGAAUGGCAAUGCUGAAUCUGCAGAGUGUCUUGGUGACCGGUGCCAACCGAGGCAUCGGCUUGGAGCUGGUCAAGCAAUUGGUAGGGAAAAGCCACCAGAUCUUUGCUACCUGCCGCGACCCAGAAGGACCACGUGCGCAGGAACUGAAGAAUUUGGCUGCUGUGCACAAGCAGGUGGAGAUCAUCCAACUAGACGCUUCUGAACCAUCCAGUAUCAGGGCGGCUGCAGCCAAAGUCACUGAGCGGCUGAAGGGAGCUGGGCUGAACCUGCUGAUAAACAAUGCUGGCAUUGUAAAGCCUGGUGAUCUGGAGUCCACAACACCAGAGGUUAUGUCUGAGCUAUACAACACCAACGUGAUUGGGCCCUUGAUGGUGAGCCAGGUGUUCCUGCCCUUGCUGAGGAAGGCAGCUCAGGGAAGCCCCCAGAAAGGGAUGAGCUGCAGCAAAGCGGCCAUCAUCAAUAUGUCCAGUGAAGGCGGCUCCAUCACUAAUCUCUUGUUAUGGGAAUCUGCACCAGUCAUCGCUUACCGUUGCAGCAAGGCAGCUCUGAACAUGCUGACACGGUGCCAGGGCCUCGGGCUUGCCGAAGACAAGAUCCUGUGCAUCGCAUUGCAUCCAGGAUGGGUGCAAACCGACAUGGGCAAUUCCGUGGGAUCAGCCCCACAGACGGUGCAGAGCUGCGUGCAAGACAUCCUGAACACGCUUUCUCGGCUCUCUGAGAAAGACAGUGGCAUGUUUAUGAACUGGGAGGGGAAAGCCAUUCCCUGGUGAGACCCCCAGCUUCCCACCCGCCUGCUCUGCAGCAGGAACCUCUCUCCACAGGCAAUCCAGGUUCCUGACUAGCCUUGCUGUGGUCUUCAAUAAA